ACGUCCUGAGGGUGCCCCUGAGGAUCCACGACAACCUGAGCACAGACACACUGUCAAUUUCUCAGAAGAAAGACAUGCCCAAGAAAAAAAAUAGUACAGGCUUUGGGGUCAGGAGAGCCAUGUUUAAAUCAAGUUUCAGCAAUCCAAUAGCUGCAUGUCCUUGUGAGCAUGUUUUUGAACACGUUAACCCCGAAGUUCUAUGUGGCCCUGACAGGCACUUCCUCACUAAUAUCAGGACUUAUUUUGAUAUUUGAAUGGUGGUAUUUUCGCAAGUAUGGAACGUCUUUCAUUGAACAAGUCUCAGUAAGCCACUUGCGCCCCCUGCUGGGAGGGGUUGACAACAACUCUUCCAAUAAUUCUAAUUCCAGUAAUGGUGACUCAGAUUCCAACAGGCAAAGUGUCUCAGAGUGCAAAGUAUGGCGAAAUCCACUAAAUUUGUUUAGGGGUGCUGAAUACAAUCGGUACACUUGGGUCACAGGACGAGAGCCCCUGACGUACUAUGACAUGAACCUCUCCGCCCAGGAUCACCAGACAUUCUUUACUUGUGAUUCGGACCAUCUUCGGCCUGCAGAUGCAAUAAUGCAGAAAGCUUGGAGAGAGAGGAACCCUCAAGCCAGGAUUUCUGCAGCUCAUGAAGCCUUGGAGAUAAAUGAAAUUAGGUCCAGAGUUGAAGUUCCCCUAAUUGCUUCCUCUACCAUCUGGGAGAUAAAAUUGUUACCAAAGUGUGCAACUGCUUACAUUCUCUUGGCCGAAGAAGAAGCAACAACUAUUGCUGAAGCAGAAAAACUCUUCAAGCAGGCCCUGAAGGCUGGAGAUGGUUGUUACCGGCGUUCUCAGCAGCUACAACAUCACGGCUCCCAGUAUGAAGCUCAACACAGAAGAGACACCAAUGUCUUGGUCUAUAUCAAAAGAAGGCUGGCAAUGUGUGCCCGAAGACUUGGGAGGACCAGAGAAGCAGUGAAAAUGAUGAGAGAUUUAAUGAAGGAGUUCCCCCUCCUAAGCAUGUUCAAUAUCCAUGAAAACCUUCUAGAAGCCCUUCUGGAACUCCAAGCUUAUGCUGAUGUUCAGGCAGUCUUAGCAAAGUAUGAUGAUAUAAGCUUACCAAAGUCGGCAACAAUAUGCUACACAGCAGCCCUGCUCAAAGCAAGAGCUGUCUCGGACAAAUUCUCUCCGGAGGCUGCAUCUCGGCGGGGGCUGAGCACAGCAGAGAUGAAUGCAGUAGAGGCCAUUCACAGAGCUGUGGAAUUUAAUCCGCACGUGCCAAAAUAUCUACUAGAAAUGAAAAGCUUAAUCCUCCCACCAGAGCACAUCCUGAAGAGAGGAGACAGUGAAGCAAUAGCAUAUGCAUUCUUUCAUCUUGCACACUGGAAGAGGGUAGAAGGAGCUUUGAAUCUCUUGCAUUGUACAUGGGAAGGCACUUUCCGGAUGAUCCCAUAUCCCCUGGAGAAGGGACACCUAUUUUAUCCAUACCCAAUCUGUACGGAGACAGCAGACCGGGAGCUGCUUCCCUCUUUCCAUGAAGUCUCAGUUUACCCAAAGAAGGAACUUCCCUUCUUCAUCCUCUUCACCGCUGGAUUAUGUUCCUUCACAGCCAUGCUAGCCCUCCUGACACAUCAGUUCCCGGAACUUAUGGGGGUCUUCGCAAAAGCUUUCCUCAGCACUUUGUUUGCCCCCUUGAACUUUGUGAUGGAGAAAGUGGAAAGCAUCCUUCCCUCCAGUUUGUGGCAUCAGCUGACAAGGAUCUGAGAGAGCCUCCCAUCCUUCACUCUCCUCACCAUCCGCCACCUCUUCCGUGCCAACCUCUCUUGGACCACAAGAACGCAUGACUUUGAAAAAGGGAAACCAUUCUGAGAUUUUAAACUGUUCAUGGACUAUCAGUUCCUUAUUAAAAGCUGGUUUUGGUGUACAAAAUUUAUUGAUGUUCAGUUCUAUUUUAUUUUGCCUUCAAAACUGAUGAAAACAUAAAAAAAUAAACUUUUGUGUAUUGCAACAA